UCCAUGAAGACCGGAAGUGGAAAGUGAAGCUAAAUAUAUAACAGAAGUCACUGCAUCGGACAGUUCACAAAAUCACUUUAAAGUUGCUAAGUGUUUUCAUCUAAACAAUGCAGGGUGAAGAUCAAGAAAAAGUGGGAUUUUACAGAAGGUAUGGUCAUUAUAGCGAAGCACAGCAAGGAGAGUCGAUGGAAUCGUUGGUWGGAAGAAGAAACCGAUCAAGGUCUUGCAGGAUUUUCAAGAGUGACKUCUUYCUAAGGAUGUGUUCAAGACUGGUGUACGGCCUGUUGCCAUGCUGGCCUGAAACUGUUGACAAGAGUACAAUCAUUGUGUCAGUGUUCUUUGCGUUAUUACAACUUGCAGCUCUUGGAGAAUACAUCUACUGCGUCAAAAACUAUUGGCUUAAAGGMAACAAUCCGCACAUCCCAAUUGUUACUAUGGUGAUAGAAUUGUCCCUAUUUGUUUCCGGUUGUGUGUCGUUUAUUUUGGCCUGUCGGUUCUUCUACUCCAACAAUGAAGAUUUUCAACAGUCAAACUGCGAGAUUAUCCCGUAUGUGAAGUUCCAACUUGAAGAACAACUAGAUGAGGAAUGUGGUCCAAACACAUUCGAUUGGAUGCUUUGUAAUAUUUGUCUACUAUUGGGUACCCUGGACAUUGCUUUUAUCAUUCUUGUUGACAUGCAAUUUAAUGCUUAUUUUGACUUCUACGGUAUUCACAAUUUCAGUUUACACAUUUCGGAACUUGGGAAGGUAGUCUAUCACAUUUACAUAGGUGUCUUUUACUGGGGGAUGUUUUGCGCUGUGGUAUCUUGUUGUAUGUUUUUCAUUUUGACUCGCGACAUUUCCCGACACGUCGACGCAACAGAAGUGUAUAUCAUAGAGAAAGCGCGCUCAUACAGCGAGGCAAAAGUCUGCCAUGAAUACCUGCUAAACUACAGCGAAGAAUUGAUACGGAAGUUUGAAAAGUGGUUCACGACGCACAAUGUAUUUUUUUUCUUCAUCAUGAUGUGUACGAUCUUCAAAUGGUUUCUCAUCACAGGGRAUGAUAGCAGACUCGACAAGCAUCAUAUUCUGUGGGCGUCGCAGAUCUUUGCCUCGUUCCUCAUCGCAUUCAAAUUCAGCUUUCCUUUCCUGUCUGCGAGUAGAACCACAGCUCGUUUCAAGAGGAUGUACUUCAACAUCAACAGGRAAAAGAUUUUUCAAGAUAUUUAUGAAAUGCCAAGGUUUUUGGAGUACGCAGAGAGGUGUAACUUUGGAUUUGUGGUAUUUGGUGUUAAGAUAACGACAAACAUGGCCUUUUUGACUAUAGUGACAACUUUUAUUGGAAUAUUCAAGUGCCUUUCCUCGAACAAUUAGACAUUAAUUACACAAUCCUGCCUUCAAUCAUAUCCAAUCGUUAUAAAAUUUCUCGUUUCCCGCUUCUGCUGGAAGRCUCAACUCAGUGCUAGUGAACGUGCAUCCAAAGUUAUACUUUGUACAUCAUAUGUGCAUGUUUUGUACUUUCUUGUUAUUGUAUUCAUAUGGUCAUAAGCAGUUGUGUCGGACUUCGUGUUUGGGUGGGACAGGAAGCCCAACGAACAAGAGGCUGCUAAAACGUACUCAGUGCAGCGGUGCUUCUAAACCUUACCAUCUUAAUUUACCAUGAAUAAUUAUUAUUUAUGACUAAUUAAUUUUUAUUGAAAAAAAAAACCUUUACCUCUUUUCCAGCAACUCUUUUGUAAUUUAUGUAUUUGACACAUAACUAUUUUUCUGUCUGGAUUACGUCGUUUUAUUUUAUAAAUAAUUAAA